UAUGAUUUCGGGACCGGAAGUCUUGGUGGCCGCAUCAACCCCGGCGCGCGCCAUGCUCGGGCUCUUUCGAAAAAUGACGUGGAAAUUCAAGUUGUGUCUCGGGUUUUUGCUCUUCUUCGCGAUCUUUUCGGCCGUGGAUGGGAGUGCUCAGACCAUCAAUUUCAUGUUUGUCAAUGAAGAGAGUAAUCUGAUCGGUUCCAAGGCCAUGGAGGUGGCUCUGAACUACAUCCGUCGGAAUCCGAGACUUGGUAUCCACAUUGGCGGUAACUACCCUGUUUCCAUUGCCACACAGGAUGCAGAAGUCAUUCUGGAAAAUUUAUGCGCUACAUACAACGCGUCUGUGAAGGAUGGGAAACCGCCACAUAUCCUGAUUGAUUUCACCAUGAGUGGCAUUCCAUCUGAGGCAGUCAAAACUUUCACAGCGGCAUUGGGAAUUCCUACAAUCAGCGCAUCUUUUGGGCAGGACGGUGAUGUCAGACAAUGGAAGAAUUUGGACGGGGAACAACUGAAAUAUCUAAUCCAAGUCAACCCACCGGCUGACAUGAUUCCAGAGGUGAUCAGAAGUAUUGUGGUGGCACAAAAUAUCACGGACACUGGAAUAUUGUACGACGACUCAUUCGUGAUGGAGCACAAAUACAAAUCCCUGCUUCAAAACAUUCCAACCCGCCACAUUAUCGCUCGAGUGGAGGACGUCAAAAGUAUUCGCCGACAGCUAACCCAAUUUCGAGACUUGGACAUCGUCAACUACUUCAUCUUGGGCCGUCUUACUACCAUAAAAACCGUCCUCGACAAUGCCAACGCACAAAAGUUUUUCGGAAGGAAGUACGCCUGGUACGCCAUCACACAGGAUAAAGGAUCACUACGUUGCGGAUGCUCAAACGCUACUAUCAUUCUCGUCAAACCGGAACCGAGCCCUGAAAAUAAAGAGCGACUGUCUAAUCUGAGAACCACGUACAGCUUCACUUCCGAACCAGAAAUCACUGCUACAUUCUACCUCGAUUUGGCUGUCCGAUCACUCUUGGCGAUGAAAUCCAUGUUGACAAGUGGCGAAUGGCCGAAGAAUAUCACCUACAUAACUUGUGAGGAGUACAACAGCGAUAAUGUGCCCAUUCGCGUUGACUUGGAUUUGAGGAGACAUCUUCGUCAGGUCUCGGAGCGUCCUUUGUACGCUCCGUUCGUGAUUGAGACCAACGGUCACAGUUUUGAGGAGUUCGUCAUGAAACUGGACAAAGUCACGGUGAUCAACGGACAAAGUAUCAGCGCAGAAACCGUCGGCUCAUGGAAAUCCUCGCUACAUUCUCCCAUCCUGAUCAAAGAUGCACAUGCAUUGGCCAAUUUCUCAGCUGUCACCAACUAUCGGAUUGUUACGGUUUUGCAACAUCCUUUCAUCAUGCGCGAGAAAGAUGAAAACGGGAACUGGAAAUUUUCGGGCUACUGCAUCGAUCUCAUCGAGGAAAUCAAGAGCCAAAUAGGGUUCGAGUACGAAAUAUAUGUCGUCCCGGACAACAACUUCGGCAACAUGGACGAGAAUGGACAGUGGAAUGGCAUGAUUAAAGAACUCGUUGAAAAAAGAGCGGAUAUAGCUUUGGGCUCUCUUUCCGUCAUGGCUGAACGGGAAAAUGUCGUUGACUUUACGGUGCCAUACUACGAUUUGGUGGGCAUUACGAUUCUGAUGAAGAAACAAAAGGCUCCUACUUCUCUGUUCAAAUUCUUGACCGUCCUGGAACAAGACGUGUGGAUCUGCAUUUUGGGGGCUUACUUUUUCACGAGCUUCCUCAUGUGGGUAUUUGAUCGAUGGAGUCCGUACAGCUAUCAGAACAACCGCGAAAAGUACAAGGACGAUGAAGAAAAACGAGAGUUUACUCUCAAGGAAUGUCUCUGGUUCUGCAUGACCUCUCUCACCCCUCAGGGAGGAGGAGAGGCACCAAAAAACCUAUCCGGACGUCUGGUGGCGGCCACUUGGUGGCUUUUCGGUUUCAUCAUCAUCGCUUCCUACACUGCUAACUUGGCCGCCUUCCUCACGGUCUCAAGAUUGGACACCCCCGUUGAGUCCCUCGAUGACCUCUCCAAACAAUACAAGAUACAGUACGCUCCCCUCAACGGUUCCGCCGCCAUGACUUUCUUCAAAAGGAUGGCAGAGAUCGAGGCUCGAUUUUAUGAGAUAUGGAAAGAUAUGAGCUUGAAUGACAGUCUCUCGGAUGUUGAAAGGGCCAAACUGGCCGUCUGGGAUUAUCCGGUGAGUGACAAAUAUACCAAAAUGUGGCAGGCGAUGUCCUCUGCUGGCCUUCCUAGCACCUUGGAGGAGGCCAUUGCUCGAGUGAGAAAGUCAAAGUCCUCCAGUGAAGGGUUUGCUUACUUAGGAGAUGCAACAGAUAUUCGGUACCAAGUCAUGACAAAUUGUGAUCUUCAAAUGGUGGGUGAUGAGUUUUCGAGAAAGCCGUACGCCAUUGCAGUGCAACAAGGAUCUCCACUUAAAGAUCAAUUCAAUAAUGCGAUUUUGCUGCUCCUGAAUAAGCGAAAACUUGAAAAACUGAAAGAAAUAUGGUGGAAUCAAAACAAGAUGAAGAAAACAUGCGACACCCAGGAUAAUCAGUCUGAUGGCAUCAGUAUCUACAACAUUGGAGGUGUAUUCAUUGUAAUAUUUGUGGGAAUCGGGUUGGCUUGCGUGACUUUGGCCUUUGAAUAUUGGUGGUACAAGUACAAGUACAACUCAAAAUCCACCACUAACGAGAAUUCAGCCCAACCAGUUAUCUCUGGAAAACUAUCCAAGAAUUUCGAGGGAUCAAGGAAAUUUUCCGACUUCAGAACACAAAGCAAACAAGCAAGCAUUCAACAAGGCUUCAAAAGACACUCUCGGAUGGGACCAAUUGCAACUGUGACGGACAACUGGUAAACUUUGAUGAAAGAAUGGCUGGCUCUCUGAGAAUGAGAGAUAUCCAGUACAUUAAAGGAAAUUAUUACAUGAAUAAUAGAACGUCAACCAUUGUCUACUGUGGUAUGAUGAGCAAACAGAGGAGCUCCUCAACAAAUGAGGUGGUGACAGCUUUACGGUGAAAAACUUAAACAUACUUUUUUCAUCCUUAUUUAAAUUCAUUUCUGAGAGAUUAAGUGACACAAGAUCAAUCUUGGAUGGCUAAAACAUGUAUCAGAGCCUAAAAAUAUCAGCUCAUUUUCAGGCAACUUAUCAGAAAGUGUCCAUUUAGAAAAGAGGAGGCUACUAAACCGAUUAUAAAACAAUGAGAGUAGAGAAUGAAGAUUUUACUUUAAAACACUAUAUCGUGGUUUUCUAGAAUUUGAUUUAUGGCAAGUUUUUAGAGCAAAUGAGAACCAUGCUAUUAUGUUGUAAACUAUAGGCAUACAUCAAAUUUAACAAUAUUAACGAUGAUUUGUUUUUAAUUUGAUCUUUGAUAAUUAUACUUUCAAUGAUAUACAUUUUACAAAGAUUAAUUUGUCAUCAAAAAGGUAAUUCAUUGUCAGAUAAGCUUGUACCCGAAAAUACUUUCGUGAAGCUUCAGCGAAUAAGCUCAGUGAGAGGGUGAGGGCUCUCGGUUCACUAAAACUCAUAUUAUACAAAACAAUUCCGAAAA